UGAUUGGUCGGCGGCAGAGAGAAGACAUCAUGGCGGCUCUCCGGGCCGGUGUGUGCGGCCGCGCGGCGGAUCGUGGGGUAGUUCUGAGGUGAAAACGUGGGCUCGGAGCCGAACAGCGGCUCGGUCCACAGUUUCUAAGGCCUCUGACUUUUGCCCGAUGCGAAAGCUAAAGCUAACUGCAGAAGCUCUCCCCUGACCGAGGGACUGGAGCUUCGAGCUAAGCUAACAUGCUAACGUGCCUCCCCGGUGGAUGUGUGGGAGCGGAGCGGAAAUCCGGACGCGGCGGACCGCAGGUUGGUGUGGACCAGAUGACGUCACUGCUCUGUUGCUGAACCAGAACUCUGUUGAGCUUCUCUCAAGUUUAUCUGCGGUCCGAAACUGAACCAAGAGAGGUGGUUGUUAGUUUUACAGGAAGUGACGCUGUGACCACGUGUUGGUAUCAACUUCCGGGUGUAAGCGGGGGUCAGUGCUCCUCGAGGUCUAAAGGCUCGUUUCACCCAAACUCCAGUGAACUGACAACUUCACGACACUUCACGGACCGGACUCUGGACCGGACUCUGGAACGGCCACAGACUCUUCGUCUGAAACUCCUCAGGAUGAAGUUGAAGACUGGAGUGACUGACAGUGACCUCGGUGAUCCACUGAGAGGAAGCUGUGAUGUCAUCAGUGAAGUCGCACCUCCAACAUGAUGACGGUAAGUAUGUGCGCAUGUGAAGACCUCAUGGAGUGGGCGGGGCCACUGUCUGCUGGGAGAUGAUGUAAACAAAAGGCCGAAUUGUAGCGCCCCCUCCAGGCAGUUUGUUCUCAGAGCGGGGCGCCAUGACAAACACGGACCGAAGCGUUGAUCUGAUCCCAGAGCAGCUGGCGAGGGUCACGUGACACGAACCACCGGUUGUCUUUGAACGGGUCACAUGAUCCAGUCCCCUGUCGGACGUGAAGCUUCACUGAACCAGUACGUCGCCUGGUGACAUCACGUCACAUGGUUCAGUCUCUACUGCUUCAUCAGUGAAGUCACAUCUCCAACAUGAUUGUGGACGUCUCUGAAGAGUUCGGACAUGUUCGGAUCAAACUGGAGCCGGAUGACGACGUGGAGAUCCGGUCGUAUCCCGUCGUCAGGACGCUGUGCAUCAAACUGACGGACUGCCGGGUGUGGCUGGAGGGGCGGGACUUCCUGUCUCUGGACGACCACCCUCAGCUCUGGGACGGGAGGCGGAGCCAGAGCACCGUCAGGAGGAUGGUCUACUGCUCCGAGUGUACGAGAGGGUUCUACAAGACAUCCCACCUGGAGGCUCACCUGAGGAUCCACCGAGGACUGAAGCCCAACGAGUGCUGGCAGUGUGGGAAGAUCUAUCCGUCCCUGAUGAGCCUCGUGGUCCACCAACAGAUCCACGACCGCAAGGAGCCGUACCAGUGCUCCUACUGCGACAAGACCUUCGCCCUGAAGAGGGACUGGAAGACCCACCACCGGACUCACUCCGGGACCAAACCCCUCAAGUGCUGGUUCUGCGGAGACGGCUUCGACGAGCAGGACGAGCUCGACGAGCACCUGGAGUUGCACAAGGGGGAGAAAUGCUACCACUGCAAAGUCUGUGACAAGAUGUUCGUCUCCUACCAGGGCUUCAACUUCCACCGCAGGUCCCACAAGAACCAGAAGCUCCUGUCCUGCGCCAAGUGCACCAAGACCUUCAGCAACCCUCAGAGUUUGAAGCUGCACCAGGUGACUCACUCCAACAGGAAGCCACACAAAUGCCCGACCUGCGGCAAAGGCUUCAAGCUGCCUGGCGGCCUGCAGAGCCACCAAAGGACCCACGUGGACCUGAAGGACUACCACUGCCCUGAGUGCGGCAAGUGUUUCUCCAGCCUGCAGAAUCUAAAGCUGCACAACCGCACCCACACGGGACUGAAGCCCUACAAGUGCACCGAGUGUGGGAAGAGGUUCACCCAGUCCCCCCAUCUCAAGGCCCACAUGGUGACCCACACGGGGGAGCGUCCGUUCCUCUGCACCACCUGUGGCAAGAGGUUCACUCAGUCGUCUCACUUGAGAUCCCACAUCACGCUGUUCCACGUGGGCGAGAAGCCGUUCACCUGCGACGACUGCGGGAAGAGUUUCACCAUCGCCCACUACCUGAAGAUGCACCGGCUGAGCCACACCAAGGAGAAGCUGUACCAGUGCUCGUACUGCGAGAAGUCCUUCUCCUACCACAACUCCUGGAGGGCCCAUGAGAGGAUCCACACCGGCGAGCGCCCGUUCACCUGCCAGGACUGCGGCCAGACCUUCAUCACGUCGGGCUCGCUGCAGAACCACCAGAGGUCCAAACACACCGGCGAGAAGAGCCACUACUGCUUCACCUGUGGAAAGUUCUUCUUCACCAGCUCCAUGCUGCGGAUCCACCAGCUCAACCACACGGGCGAGCGGCCGCACAGCUGCAGCUGCACCAAGACCUUCAAGACCAGAGCCGCGCUGCGCUACCACCUGAAGAAGUUCACCGACCACCAGCUGGUCAAGUGAGCAAACUGUGACUGAUGAGACGUUUGUGACCAGCAGGUGGCGCUGGAGGAGGUGAAGACCAAAAACACUUUGACUGCUUCAGACACGAUUUUCCUGUUGCUUCUUCGUUUACAGGAAACUCUGGAAAAAUAUGAAUUAAGGAAAUAUAUUUUAUGUAAAAUAUGAAGUCACAUCUUUUCCAUGUUGUUCAUUCAGUUAAAGAAAAGUUUUCAUGUCAACAAUCAGAAACACUGAUGUUGAUGCGUCUGUGAAAGACACAUCCGUGUGACAUCACUUCCUGUCUUGUUAUCAUCUCUGAUGUCAUCCAAAACUAUUUUAUUUUGACAGUCUGAGAUCACAGUCACUUAAGAUGCUUUAUUUUGUCAGAACUUCACGUCAACAUGAAACAGUUUUUAAUCUUUAACGUUUUAUGUCUUUUAACUUGAACUUAGUUUUUUACAGUAAAUGAGAUGAAAGAUUCUUCACAUCUUUGCUGCUCGUUUCAGAUCAAACACGAAGAAUCACAAACACUAAGAGUCCUGGAGCCUAUGUUCUGACCAGUAGAGGGCGACUCUCUGAGAACAUUUUCCUGAGGAGUUUAUGGUUCAAGUCUUCUUCACCAGAUGAUGAUCAUUUAGUUUUUGACCUGUAAAGCCUCAGUUUGUACACACCGUACCGUUCAUACGACACAACGUUCAGUCGUUGUUCUGUUCACACUACAUGACUCAUCUGUUGUUGUUGGUGGUGGUGGUGGAGGUGGUUCCCAGGUCCCUUCACAGUCACACUACAGGAGACGGUUCCUAGACGUGUCCAGAUAUUGAUCCUGAUAAACAUCUGGACACGUCAACGGAUCGUUGGUUCCCGCAAAAUGACGAGGGACAAUUUCGCGUUGAUUUUCCUCCGACUUGCUGCAACUCAAGGAUUUGUCUGGACCCGUUGGUCUGGACCCGGUGGUCUGGACUGGGGACUCGUUGGUCAGGACUUUGAUUCUGGACUCGUCGUUCUGUCACUCAUCUGUCAUUUUGUUCUUUUCUUUCACAAUAAAAAAUAAAACCUU